AAUUUCGUAUGUAUAGACUCGUAGUCGAUAUGACUGCACCGUUAAGUGAUGGUAUUCGUUUCCACCGGUCGAAGAUUUAUUGAAAAAUUGCUAUUGAAAAGCCACAAUUAUUUUCAGUCGUGACAUACUUAAUUCUCAGUGCUUAUCUAAAAAUUUUUCGUUCGACUCGCCAUUGAACUGAAGUCCAUCGAAAAGCCCCUCGGGGGCCUCGGAUUAAAUUAAAAACGAAAACCUUUUGAUUAAAAAUGGAACAAUUUGAGCAAUUGCUAACUUGCGCCAUAUGCUUGGACCGGUACAGGAACCCCAAACUUCUACCAUGCCAGCACAGCUUCUGCAUGGAACCCUGUCUAGAGGGUUUGGUUGACUACGUACGAAGACAAGUAAAAUGCCCGGAAUGUCGAGCGGAGCACAGGAUCCCAUACAACGGGGUGCAGGGGUUCCCCACGAACGUCACCUUGCAAAGAUUCCUCGAGCUGCACAUCGAGAUCACCGGGGAACUACCGGAUCCCACCAGCGGCCAGAUUAUGGAGAGGUGCAACGUUUGCUCGGAGAAGGCCUAUUGCAGUUUCUGCAGCCACUGCGAUAAGAAAAUUUGCGAGGAAUGCAAAGGUGCACACAUGGAAAUAUUGCGAAGGGAAAUAUCUAGAAUUAACAAUCAAAUAAGACGCGGUAUUCACAGGUUACAAGACACACUGGCGUUGGUGGAGAAAAACUCGCAAAACAUACAAACCAACUGCUUAUCGGUAGGUGAAGAAGUUGAAGAAAUCUACCGCAGAUUAAACAAAGCGCUCAAAGACAGAACGGAAUAUCUACGAGGCGAAUUAGAUAGAUACUUAAGCACCGAACUACGAAGCUUGACCACUUUAAAAGAGAACUUAGAACAAGAAAUAUCGAACAUUCUAAGCAACUGCGACUUGGCCGAUAAGCACAUGAACGAAAACGUCGACAUUUGGGACGACUGCGAACUGAUGGACGCCAAAGAAAUAUUCCUCAAAACGGUGGAAUUCAUCCGAAACUUCGAAUACGAGAAUUCCGAUUACAGCAGAAAAGUGCGAUUGGUGCUCGCGCACGAUCCCAACCAGCUGGUCUUGCACGUCGCGGGAUUCGGCGAUUUGAACAUCACGAACGCCAAUUCGGUGUUCGGGCAAUCGUCGAGCUUGUUGCAACCGCCGGGGCCGGGCCUGAUGCGAUCCAAAAGCGACCAUCGACUGGCCUCGCAAUUCAGGCAGCAGGAAGAAAGGGGUUACGGCGAAAGGGGCUACGGGGACGACGAUCAAAUGUUGGGCGGUCGGAAGUUCGGAGACAGGUCCAAACCUACCGCGGAAACUACCAGCAGAUACGGUAGAUCGGGCGAUUAUGGCGACGAUUACGAUCACGAUACCAGACCCGCCAGGUCGAAAUACAGCAGAUUCAGGCGGCAUCAAACCACUGAAAACGACUCGGAUUCCGAGCAAACGCCGAGAGUGCGAUUCCACGAGAACAAAGAAAGAGAAAGGCCGUUGGAUACGGAGGAUGUGACUAGGGGUCCUUUGAGUGGUAUAACCAGACUGGCGGACUCUCCGAGGGUCAUGCAAAAGAUGCAAGAUUGCGAGAGUGGAAAGACUAAAAAGAAGGAAGAGCCUCCGAAACCGCCGGAGCCUAAGGUUGUGCCGAAAAGGCCUCCUCCUCCCGCUGUGAGGCAAGUCAGCGAGGAAGACGAGAUAUCUAGAAUAAAAAAACAGAAUAAAGGGGCAUCGACUUCGACCGAAACUGUUACGGAAACGCGACCGGUUAUUGAAGAAAGACAAAGAAAAACGCCAGCCCCAGAGGCCGCAUCGUCUACAGAAGAAUCGGAAGAAUCUGUAUCAGUCCAACAAAGAAAAACCCCUACCAAAACUCCCGCGCCUACAACUAGAAGACCGUCUGACGCUAGUCAUAAAAAAACCACCAGAUCGGCCAGUUCAGAUUCAUCCUCCACCGAAUCCUCAACAUCUUCUAGCGCUAUUCGCACCACAGGCGCUCCUUUUACAACUGAAGAAGUUAAAAAGAAAAUACUCUCUCGCGUCGAAACGACCCCGCCCUCUCGCAACGCGUCUUCUUCCCCUCAGGCUAAGCCCUUUCAAAGCAGAUUUUUACAAAACAAAACUGCCCCGACCCCUCCGAAAGACGAAGAAAUAGAAACUUCGUCCGAGGAAGAAACCGAAACCGAAGAAGAAACCGACGAAGAGACUGAAAAAACUGAUAAUAAAGAACUAGCUAAAACCGACAUCGGUCCCCUGCUAGCCAGAAGCGCUAACGCUCGAGACAACAGCGUGGAAAAUAUAAGAAGACGCAGCAGAGAAGAAGCAGAUUCUCCUAGCAGAAACAGAUACACUUCACCUAGAGAGAAAGAAAAGGAGGAACCGUUUAAAUAUUCUAGAAGCAGGACUUCCACCGUUGCAGAAGAGGAACCCACCAGAUACGGGUACACCAGCAGAUUUUUGAACAAAAGCAAAAGUUCCGCCGCCAUACCACCGGAAGAAGACGACUACACCUCGAGAUAUUCAACGGCAGACGACGACAGCAAAUACCCGACCAGUCGCUCGCGCUACAUGGCGAUGAAGGACCGACGACAGCGCCUCGCGAGGAGCCGCAGCAGCCAGCAAUUCGGCGACGAAGACGAAUCGGAGGAGCCGAUUUCACCGACUUCGUCCAACCCAUCCGCCUACCUGGCCUCCAGGGGAUACGGCUCUUCAUCAUCCGCCCACGAUCUUGCAAGGAGCCGGUCCUCUCACGCUCUCAAAUCCAGGGACAACUCGCCCGAUAGGUCCGCGUCUUCGGCAGCGGAGAAAGACGGGGCCGCGUUGAGCUCUUGGGCGAGGUAUCUGAAGAACAAAUACGGCAAUCGCAGCGGCGCGAAAGAUAAAGACGUCGCUUCGGGGGUGAGCACCCCGUCGGCGAGCAGCUCCGGAGCGGCGCGUCGGCUCUCUCUGGGGCUCCCCUUGCGAUCUUCCACCGAAUUGGCGAGCUCUGACGACGAUUCAAAAAACACGCAAGGCUCCCCCACUACCCCUACAGCAGCUACAGCGGUAGUCGGUAUCGCCCAGGCGGUAGCCGGUACCACUCCUAGAGGUCAAUACCUCCAAAAGUGCCAGCAGCUGUUUCAAAUUGGUAGUAGGGGGAGCGAAGCCGGAUGCUUCACGUGGCCUCGCGGGGUUGCCGUGGGCCCAGACAACACCAUCGUCGUGGCCGAUUCCUCCAAUCAUCGAGUCCAGGUGUUCGACGCCAACGGCAGGUUCUUGAAGGAAUUCGGCCAGUACGGUAACAAGGAGGGCGAAUUCGAUUGCCUAGCUGGUGUCGCAGUCAACAGAAUUGGACAGUACAUCAUUGCUGAUAGAUACAAUCAUAGGAUACAAGUGUUUGAUCCUUCGGGGAGGUUUUUAAGAGCGUUUGGAAGUCAAGGUACUGCAGAUGGUCGAUUCAAUUACCCGUGGGGUAUUACAACAGACGCUUUAGGUUUCAUCUAUGUAUGCGAUAAGGAAAACCAUAGAGUACAGGUGUUCCAAUCAGAUGGUACCUUCGUUGGUAAAUUCGGCUCCAUGGGCAAUAAAGAAGGUCAGCUCGAGCACCCUCAUUACAUAGCCGUAUCGAGCACAAACAGAGUAGUAGUAUCGGAUUCGAACAAUCACAGGAUUCAAAUAUUCGACGUGAACGGGAAGGUUUUGACAUCGUUCGGAUCGGAGGGUUCCGCCGAAGGGCAGUUCAAGUUCCCUAGAGGAGUGGCCGUGGAUGAUCAGGGUUAUAUUUGCGUGGCCGAUUCGGGAAACAACAGGAUACAGAUUUUCAGUCCAGAUGGAACGUUCCUGCGGGCGUUUGGUUGCUGGGGAAUCGGAAAGGGCGAGUUCAAAGGUUUAGAAGGCGUCGCGAUGACAUCGAAUGGACAUAUCCUAGUUUGUGAUCGAGAAAAUCAUAGGAUACAAGUUUUUUAAUUAAAAUAUAAAAGUUUUUGGGUUCACUUAUUUUAACUAUUUUUCGAUAAUAUUAAGAGUGUUGAUAGAUAUCUAAAUUGAAUAAAUGAAUUUGCAUUUC